GCACGGCCGAAGCACGGAAAACUCAAGAUUCGGACAGGUGGACAACGGCAUGGCCGCGUGGCGGGGCGGGGCUUCGUAAAGGCCCCGCCCAGGCCCUGCGUGUAUUUGGCGCCAAACUCCCAGAGCUCUUACACUGCGGGUGUGUCGGCGUCUCGCGAGAAGUUCGGUUCACUCGCUGCGUCCAGCGGGGCGCCCACCGCGCAGAGGCUGCAGGCGGCGUGAGCUGAAAGCUGGUUCCGCGCGAGUGAAGUUCUUGGUGAGGAGACUUCUUUCGGAGCUUGACAGGAGCUGGGGAGUCUCAGGGAGCUGAGCUCCCUGUCAACCUCGAAUUUCUGAACCCCACUUCUUUCCAAAGGACUUAAUUGAAACAGAGAGAAAAAAAUGUUAGAACCGCAAGAGAAUGGCUUAGUUGACCUGCCAGAUUAUGAACAUGUAGAAGAUGAAACUUUUCCUCCUUUCCCACCUCCAGCAUCUCCGCAGAGAGAUGGUGAAGGAGCUGAACCUGAUGAAGGGUCAGGGACCAGAGCACCUGUUCCUGUACCUGUAAAGAGAACAGUUAAAAGGAAUAUUCCCAAGUUGGAUGCUCAGAGAUUAAUUUCAGAGAGAGGACUUCCUGCCUUAAGGCAUGUGUUUGAUAAGACAAAAUUCAAAGGGAAAGGUCAUGAGGCUGAAGACUUGAAGACACUAAUCAGAAACAUGGAGCACUGGGCACAUAGGCUAUUCCCCAAACUGCAGUUUGAGGAUUUUAUUGACAGAGUUGAAUACCUGGGAAAUAAAAAGGAAGUGCAGACCUGUUUAAAACGAAUUCGACUUGAUCUCCCUAUUUUACAUGAAGAUUUUGUUAGCAAUGAUGAUGAAGUGGGGGAAAGCAAAGGCCUUGAUGUAACUGCUGCCGAAUUAGAUCCCUUUUUGACAGACUCAUCUGAAAGUGAGAAGUUUGCUUCUGAGUUAAGUAGAAACCUAACAGAAGAGCAACAACAAAGAAUUGAGAGAAAUAAACAACUGGCCUUGGAAAGAAGGCAGGCAAAGCUACUGAGUAAUAGUCAGUCCCUAGGAAAUGACAUGUUAAUGAAUACACCCAAGGCACAGACAGUUGAAGAGAUUUGUAUUGAUGAAGACCAAAAUGAGGAGUCAAAUGGAUUAAACAAAGACAUUUUAGUCAGUUCACAUAAUGAUGCUUCUGUAUAUGAAGAGGAGCAAUUAAAAUUAGAGGAAACACAACUGGACCAAUCCUUUUAAAAUGUGCAAAGGUAAUUUUAUGCUUCAUCCAGAAGUGUUAUCAAAGUUAGAUACUCCUCCCCUAGAAAAAGUAUCUAUUAACUCUUCUGCAAGUUUGGGAUUAUUGUGUAUUUUGUCUGCUUUGUAAGAAAACCCUUAUGUAGUAAAAGUGUUUGGAUUCUUGUUUAAACUCUGAUAUUUAUUUAUAAUUGUCACUAAUAUUAGUAAAGUCUUUUUUUUAUAUAUA